AUGCCGGGUUUCCUCCACACAGCGGUCGGGCUCCUGCCCAUAAGCUCAUAUCCAGUGACCAGAACAUGGCGCCGUCCGAGGCACACUAUCACUUUGUUGGGCAUCUCGUCGCUCCUCGUGUAUGGAGGCCUAACGAUAUGGAACAUCCUCACCCAAGGCAAAGAGGCCGUGUUCAAAACCGUCCUACUCGACGCUAUCCCCACAAACAAGCCUAGUAUACAGUGCCAGGUGCGGAAUCUGCAAGUGGGCGACAUAUUCUACACUUCCCCAACCGGCGUCUUCGCAUGGUCAGUAACGGGCGUGGACUCCGGUGACUCCGCUGGCUUCGACGUGGGGGCCAAUUACGCUGGUGCCAAGCUUCAGGCGAACGUGACAAGAAUGACCAUGGUAUGGUUAUGGUCCAUGCAGAGUUUCCAAUACGACGUUUGCGCCAAUGCAACCGUACCGCAAAUCGACGGCAUUGACAAGAACGGAAACCCGAUAUUGAACAAGGACGCGAAUGGGCAGACGAAUCAGACCGUCAUUUCCAUGUGCUCGCACUUCGACCUUGCGUCUGCGGUGCCUCCGACCUGGGCCGCCGAACGGCAAGCCAACAUCUCCGACUCCUUCUACGAUUUGUCGGCAUAUUUCCAAACAUUAAACUUUCCCAACAACACGUUUCCGAUCUGCAGCUUUCCCCCGUACUGCAAACAAUCGGCCAACUUUGCUGCACCAGAAGAUACUACGAUCACACCGGCCAACGCGUAUGACUUGACAAUAUGGAUGGACGUCUUAUCCUACACCCCUGAGACCACGGGCUCCAUUUAUACGGAUAGCAACGGCAUAUCGCUCGGCGAUGAGCACGGCGUGUUCGUGCCUGGCAACAGUACUAAAACGACCCUCGUGGAUGCAUUUGAAGAGACGUAUGUUAACGGCACCGGUACUUCCGGUAUCAACAUGGGCGUGACAGGCAUCGGCGCACUCCAUUUGUUGACCCAAGCACAGAACGCGGCGAACGGUUUCAACGAACCAACCACAAUCACCAAGCUGCGCUCGGCAUCAUUGGGCGUACUCAACAUAAUCGCGGACUAUGCGGUGAAAGACCUCAACGACCGCGUUAUCGGUUCUUCGUACCUCUGCACGGAGUCGGACGAGCAUUGGAAAUCCAUUUGGAGUCUGAUCGCGCUGGUUUUGGGCAACAACUCGUCCCUUUUCGGUGUCUGGCUCGCCUUUAGCGUGUCGGCGAUGCGCAAAUGGGACGAGACCAGAUAUGGACCAGUUGCAUCCAGCGAACGCCCAAUCGUCAUUCCCACUCUUCGGCAGGACAGCGCAACCGCGAGACUGCCUCGCUUCCGUGACAAAGAGGACGAGCCUAUGCUCUGA